AUGACUGAUUCUUCGAAUGAUGAUCGAGUAAGAUUUACCUUUAGGCAUCAAUCAGGACUGUUGAGAUAAGAAGAGAAAUCGAAGCUUUAAAAGAAAUCCUGCACAAUGCUACACAGUCGCCUUUAAAGCUGAUUUGUCAGUCACAAUCUGACAAAGUUUCUUUACUUUUAGAAAAGAAAGCUGUAAAAGAAACUGAACAAAUCCAAAAUUUGCUAAAAAACUGCCGAGAUGGCCCAGAAAUUUAUUUAUUAUUAGCGAAUUGCUGUCAUAAUUUUGGAGUCGAUGUAAAAAUCCCUGAAACGCUAUUAUAUAUAUCCUCUCAGCGUUUACCUAUUUUUCUCUAUAACCACCCUACAGGACCGAUAGUUUCUGAACAAAGUAGCAAAGCAAUUGAUAGAUUUUUUGAAAAAUCAGAAGGAAAUAUAGCAAUAUCUAAGUAUAAAGUACCUAAAUACAUCCAUUUUGCGAUGAAUGACAAAAUUAGGGUGUGCUAUACAGCAGAAGAAGCAAGAAAACUUUUUGAGGAAUGCCCUCAUUAUUAUCAUAGACUUCAAAGGUUUAUCCCACCUAUUAGCAACUAUGCGUCAAAGGUAAGAGUCCAUUGAGUUUAUAAAAAACCUCAAACGAUUUACAGUAUGUCAAAUAUAAACCCUAUUGAACAAAACUAUAUAUACCCUCGUCAAAAUUACUCAGUCCACCGUUUUAAAUUGAAAUCGAAAAUUUGUUACACAAUUUAAAAGAGGUUAAUUUUUUCAGAAAAAAUAAUGAAAAAUAGUUUUGUAAAAUUUAGCAGCUCACAGUGCUAGCUUUUGUUAAUAGCAUCCUGCUUUACUUAAAACUUAAAAUAGAACAAUUAUAGUUAAAUUUUCAAAUUGGUUAUUAAACUAUUUGCAUAGAAAAUAUUAUUUUUUACUUAAAAAAAUGAAAAUUAAAAGAUUAUAUUUUUUUGUUCAAAUUUAAAGGAGGGAGUCAAGAAAAACACAAAGCCGAAGCAAUAAAGAAAUUCCUUAUAGCUAUACAAGCAAUUUGCAGUCUAGCUCAUUUUCUGUUUCACUCCCUUACAAAAGCAUUUUUAAUGGAGGCUUAAAGCCUCAUACAACUCCUAUGAAAAAAAGAUCCCAUUUAGCAGGCAGUAAAUCACAAAUUUAUCUAAAUGAAGAUUUUUUAACCCAAAGCUAUUUUCUUGAAAAUCAUACAAAAGAAACCGACAAAAAUCCUUUUCAAGGCCAAAAUCCUGAGGAAGAUAACCAAUUUGAAUAUCAAAAAUUUGUGGUUCAGUAUUCCUUACCAGGGACCUAUAGAGUUAUUAUAAGCCACCAAACUAUCCCUGAGCUUAGCAAAGCACUUUCUUUGCUUUGCUUUAUUAUUAACAAUUUUUAUCUAAAAAAGGUAAAUAACCUCCAAGAGCUUUUUACUGAUUUUAUAAGAGACCAAAACAACAAUUGAAUUUUAUUGUCUUGCAAAGGCCAUAAAAUUAAAGGAGACUCGAAAGCUGCUAUAAAAAAACGAAAAAGUCUGCCGAAAGUAAAAAAUGAAAGAAUAAAAACAAUUCCAAAAAUUAAGCUAAAUCUGUCUACACAUAAAAUUAAUCUAGAAGAAGAAGGUGAAGAAAUUCUAGAAGAAAAUAGACCUUUAUUUGAAAAUCUUUUUAUGCAAUUUUGGGAAAUAAAUGCAAACCCUUUAAAAGUUUACAAAAAAUGCUGUAAAAAAAGAUCAUAUGAAAAAAAAUUUAUAGAACCGAAAAUAGACACCCUCCAGAGAAAACAAGACAAGAAGACUAUUAUGUUGAUAAGCUUGCUAAAGAGUUUGAAGAUCAAGCAAAUUUGCUUGAAAUUCAUCCAAAAUUGAAUUUCAAUUUAAAUCAGUCCUCUGAAGAGAACUUGAAAUUUUAUUUAGCCCAAAGACGGUCAGAUAGUUUGGGAAGAAUCCCCUAUAAUAUGAUAGGAAUUUCGCCGAAUAAGCCUGAUAAUCCAAUAACUAACUUUGUAGAAACAAAAAUAGACCCUCCAGUAAAGCCUGCAAGAAACAAAGAUAGAUUUAGAAAUCUGAGCUUUGUAGGUCUGGAAAAGGCUGAAGGCUUAAAAUAUAUUGAUAUUGCUUCAAAGCAUAUUGAUGAUAUUUCUAAAACCUUCGAUAAACGUGCCAAAGCUGCACACGAAGGGAGAAGUCGCAUUACAAACGUCUUUCUUCUAGCUACCCUCAUUAAAAGAAUGAUAUUUUACAAUCAGAAUAGCAAAAAAAAUUACUAAUAGGUUUUAUUAAUUAGCAGGAGUAAGAGAAUUUAUGAAAAGCUGAGGAAGCGUAGCUGAUAAACUAAUAAAAGAAUCUGUUAUUAGGCUGCACCGGCAUCCAACUCUAUCAAUGUUUUUUGAAAAUAGAAACGACCAAGAAAUGGACGCUCUUUAUAAAGGCUUAACCCACUGCUUAAAACCUAACCUUGAAAUAGGGAUGAGAUCAAAACUUAAGCGAACUCAUCAACCUUUCAAUAUAACUCAGAACGAAUUUAAUGCGUUUAUUGAAAAUAUUUCAGACACUUUUAAAUCGAGUAAUUUCGAUGACAAGGAUGUAAAUAUUAUUUUGGAUAUGCUCAAUUCUUUUCUACUACCGAUUAAUAAUAGUAAAUAAAUUUAUUAUUGGCUAAAAUCAUUAUUUUUUCUUAAAAAUAGGACACCUAAUAUAAUGGAUAUAAAGAUAGGCUACGAAUCUUUGAAAAAGAUAUUGUAAAAUAUCAGUAG